CCUUAGCGUUCUACGAACCCCCAGUGCUGUCAAAUAUGCAAUACCAGCAACUCCUGGAAUUCUUCCCACGCCCCCUGCUCCGCCCUCUGCCCCCUCCCCGCAGUCGUGCGGGUCGGGGGAGGAGAUGCGAAUUUUGGCGCGGGCGGGGACGGCUAGGAUUGAUCACAUCCAGCAAGUGCAGCAGCCGGGCUGACGACGCAGGGGUUGCAUUGCUGGUGAUCGCAGGAUCUGAACCCGCGCGGACCCCGGGGGGGAGGGGGGAGCCGUGAAGCCCGCCCCCCCGCUGAGGUCAACCCUGUCAGCCCCCCCCCCCGGGUAGGCGCCAUGAGGGGGGGCGACGCGGAGCGACAGCAGCGCUGGGGUCGCCUGUUUGAGGAGCUGGACAGUAACAAGGAUGGCCGCGUGGACGUGCACGAGUUGCGCCAAGGACUGGCCAGGCUGGGAGGGGGCGAUCCAAACCGCAGUGCACAGCAGGGCAUCUCUGAGUCCGAUGGUGGCCUCAGCCUUGAGGAAUUCUCCCGAUACCUGCAGGAACGUGAACAGCGCCUUUUGCUCAUGUUUCAUAGUCUUGACCGGAACCAGGACGGUCACAUUGAUGCCUCUGAAAUCCAGCAGAGCUUCCAAGCCCUGGGCAUCUCCAUCACGCUGGAACAGGCAGAGAAAAUUCUACAUAGCAUGGAUCGGGACGGCACCAUGACCAUUGACUGGCAGGAGUGGCGUGACCACUUCCUCCUUCACUCCCUGGAGAACGUGGAGGACAUCCUAUAUUUCUGGAAGCAUUCCACGGUUCUGGACAUCGGUGAGUGUCUGACAGUGCCUGAUGAGUUCUCUGAGCAGGAGAAGCUAACAGGCAUGUGGUGGAAACAGCUGGUGGCUGGAGCAGUGGCAGGUGCAGUGUCACGGACAGGCACAGCACCUCUAGACCGCCUCAAGGUCUUCAUGCAGGUCCACGCCUCAAAGUCCAACCGGCUCAACAUACUGGGGGGCCUUCGGAGCAUGAUCCAAGAGGGGGGUGUCCUGUCCCUCUGGAGGGGCAAUGGUAUCAACGUGCUCAAGAUUGCCCCCGAGUCAGCCAUCAAGUUCAUGGCCUAUGAACAGAUCAAACGGGCCAUCCGCGGGCAGCAAGAAACACUGCAUGUUCAGGAACGCUUCGUGGCUGGCUCCCUAGCUGGAGCCACAGCCCAGACCAUCAUCUACCCUAUGGAGGUACUGAAGACUCGGCUGACCCUGCGCCAGACUGGCCAGUACAAGGGGCUCCUGGAUUGUGCAAGACUGAUCCUGGAGCGAGAAGGGCCCCGAGCCUUCUACCGAGGCUAUCUGCCUAACGUGCUGGGCAUCAUCCCCUACGCGGGGAUUGACCUGGCCGUCUAUGAGACCCUGAAGAAUCGCUGGCUUCAGCAAUACAGCCACGAAUCAGCAAACCCGGGCAUCCUUGUGCUCCUGGCCUGUGGCACCAUAUCCAGCACCUGUGGCCAGAUUGCCAGUUACCCCCUGGCGCUGGUUCGGACCCGAAUGCAGGCCCAAGCCUCCAUCCAGGGCGGCCCACAGUAUUCCAUGGUUGGGCUACUUCGGCACAUCCUGUCGCAGGAAGGUGUGUGGGGCCUCUACCGGGGCAUUGCCCCCAACUUCAUGAAGGUCAUUCCAGCCGUCAGCAUCUCGUAUGUGGUGUAUGAGAGCAUGAAACAGGCCCUAGGGGUCACAUCCAGGUGAGAGACCUGGAGCCUGCCACCUGGAGAGAUCCUCACCCUCAUCAUGGCGUCCCCAAGCUGCUGUCCCCAGCCAGCAGAGACUGACAGCCUGGCCCAUGGAUCCUAGAUCCUCUACCCCGAGCCACUGGAUCCCAGUACCUCGACAUCAUAUCCCAGACCCCUAGACCCCAACUGCUGGACCCCACAUUCAACAGUCUGAUGUUUGAAUUACAGGAUCCAAAAUUAGUCACACCAGCUGGGUGUGAUGGGUGUACACCUUUAACCCCAGCACUGGAAGGCAGAGACAGAGGAUUUCUGUGAGUUUGAGGCCAGUCUGGGCUACAUAGGGAGUUCCAGGUCAGCCAGGGUUACAUAGUGAGACUUUCCUUGAAUCCUUCUCUCCAGACCCCUCCAUCCUGUCCUUCCACACCCCAAAGAUGGACCCUACAUUUCCCUGCCCCAUCCCCUGGGUGCUGGGUCUUCAUGUCUUAAUUACCAAGAUCUUCCCUGCUUCAGCAGAUGGUCCUGAUACUCCAACACAGGAGCACACACCCACAAUACCUCAUCACCCAGACCCCACAUUCCUCAGACUCCACACCCAGAAUCCUCAGCCACAUUGGAUCUUAGAUCCCCAACCCCACCCUAGUGUCCCAUCAUCAUGCCCCACACUCUGAGUCUUGGAGCCCAGCCUCUAGAUUCUAGAAGUCAAAAAGUCCCAGCCACUGGAUCCUGAACACGCAAUGCCAAGACCCUGGGGCUCCAUCGUGGACCCACUGGAUCCCAGAUCCCUCACCCCAACCAGCAGAUCCCUCUAUUCAUCUACCUUGACACUGGGUUCCAGAUCCUUCCACUCUGAUUGCUGGAUCUACACCCUCAAUCUCUGACCACCAGAUUCAGUUCCUAAAAUCUCAACUCACUGGAUUCUGGCUCCUCGUGUGGCCCAGGUGGAUCCCAGCCAACCAGCACAACUGCUAGGUUCCAGGAUCCAGACUCUGGAUACCCAAACUUUGUCCACUGAAGGCAGACCCUAGUCGUCCCCUACCCACCAAGAGACCCCCCCCGCAAGACUUUCAUUUCUGCAUCCCAAGUGCCCAGCCCCCCCCCCCAAAUCAAGAUUCCAAACAGCCUAGUCAUAGCAUCCCAGAUCCAUAUCCCAGACACACCCUGGAUUUGAUCCAGUGGCACAGAGCUGCACUAUCUAGGGAAAUUCAGCCCCCAGCCCAGUGGAUUCCCGCCAGGCUGCAAAGGAAGGUGUCGCUUCCCCACCAAACCCUGUAUGAAUCCUGGGUCUCAGCUCAGCCACACAGUCAGACAGCCCCCACACACACACCGGGGAAACCACUCCCCCGAACCCCCUCCCUCCCUGUCCCUACUUUCUACAAUGUCUUCCGAACCCCUGUCCACCUUCUGGGCUACAUGAAUCCCAGAGCCUAGGUCUUGCUGGGAGGGUCCAGUAUACUUAUUGCUCAUUCUUGAGGGGAUUGGGAAAGGUCUGGUAAAGAGUAGGUGAAGCUGGGGACACAGUCAAGGGGACCUCAGUAUUCCAGCACUGCCAGCCCAACCUGGGCCUCAGAUUCACAAUUAAGGACCAACACAGAAUCUUUCCCAAAACCCAGGCAUCUGAUUAUGCAAAAUUCAACAUCCCAAAACCAACUCGGGGUCUAUUUUUCUACCAACAGAGGAACAACACCCCCAACCCACUCCCCCAUGCCCGCCUGUACCCUCUGGACAUCAUACUUGGAUUUGAUAACUGGGGGAGACUCUCCUUGACUCCCCAGUCUUUGGGGGAACCCCAUGAAAGGACUGGGAAAUGGGAAAUCAGAUGUUGGGGGUUUAGAGGACCCCACCAUGGCUUCCAUCUCUGCCUCCAACCUAUACCAAACCCCACCUCCCUGGCUGUGUGUGUUUAAAAAAAAACAAAAAACAAAAAACAGUAGAACAAAAGAAAUAAAUUUUCUAAACUCU